AUGCCACCACGAUGCCACCACGAUGCCACCACGUCCCACGUCACUGGAGGGCUCUGGGUGUCCUUUGCGCUACCCGACGGAAUAGAUACCAGCCGACCUCGCAAGUGGUGCGAGGUGACGUACGCGUGGCUGGACACGCUUCGCAAGGAGAAGGGGGAGAGGCUGGGCAUUCAUAUUGUCCCGGGCGUCGACAUGUCCGCCCGUUGGAGCGCCGCAAACGAUGAACCUUUCAUGCUGUGGCUUCACGAGGAAGUCGCUAAGCAGGGUGGUACUUUCGAGCAGCGUCGUGUCAUUUCUCUUGACGAGGAACCGUGCGACCUACUGGUGAAUUGUUCCGGACUGGCGGCGAAGGAACUGGCUGGAUACGACACGGUAUUUCCGUUCCGCUGCCAGAUCAUCAACGUGUUUCAUUCAAAGCCGAACGAGCCCAAGGUGUCGGUCGACAAAGAUGGACAGCACGCGUACAUCAUCCCUCGUCCGGAUGGCGACGUUGUGUUGGGAGAGACAGUGCAGGAGCAUAACUGGACGGUGCUGUCGUCUAUGGCCUGA